AUGUGCAUUGAUUACUACCAAUUGAACAAAGUCACCAUUAAGAACAAGUACCCGUUGCCGCGUAUUGACAAUUUGUUUGACCUGUUGCAGGGUGCUAGGGUGUUCUCUAAGAUAGACUUGAGAUCAGGGUACCAUCAGCUGAAGAUUCAGGACUCAAAUGUUCCGAAGACUGCUUUCCGUACUAGAUAUGGCCAUUAUGAGUUUCUAGUGAUGUCCUUCGGAUUGACUAAUGACCCAUCAGCGUUUAUGGUCUUGAUGAAUGGGGUGUCCAAGCCUUAUAUUGAUUCAUUUGUCAUUGUCUUCAUUGAUGACAUUUUGAUUUUCUCACGUAGCAUGGAGGAGCACGAGCAGCAUUUGAGAGUGGUGCUUCUGACCUUGCGGGAACAUAAGCUAUAUCCUAAGUUCUGCAAGUGCGAGUUUUGGCUAGAUUCUAUGGCAUCCUUAGGGCAUGUGGUAUCAGGGGAGGGCAUUAAGAUCAAGGCUCGACAGUUUGAUGAUCCGCACUCGAUGGUUCUCAGGGAUACGAUACUACAGGGUAGUGUCAAGGAGGUUUCUAUUGGCGAGGAUGGUGUUCUGCGACUCCAUGGUCAUCUGCGUGUUCCUAAUGUUGAUGGACUGGGGGGGAAGAUUCUCGAAGAGGCGCACAGCUCUCGAUAUACCAUUCAUUCAGGCGCUAUGAAGAUAUAG